UUUGUCAAUAUCAGCUGCUGAUUUUAUGAAAUGUCGGUGAUUUGUGAUUGUGCCAAACUAAAUCGUUAAUUGAAAAGCUUUAUUGAUCCUCAACAUAUCAAAACAAUGUUAGUUGCAAUUGUGUCUAUAUAAAAUAUUGCAAUAAUGUUUUCUAUAGGAAGACACCGUGUUUUACAUAAGUGCCUCAAAAUUUUGAGGUUAUCCAUAAAAGAUUUCAGUAAUUUACCUGAUCUUCAGAACUUAAAUGUCGUCAGGACGGUUGAAAAAGUUAUCGACACAAACACUAGCAUUUUUAUCGAUAGUCCUAUACAUGUAAAAGUUCAACCGAUUGAUGUAAAUGAUAUAAAGGCACAUAAUAAAUUGACUAUGACACUUUAUAGUAAGGGUCAAGACACGAAUGAUUUUCAAGUUAAACAGACUUCUAAAAGGCUCGAGCUGCUCAAUAAAAAUACUUCCCCUGAUCGUAACGAUGUCUGCCUCAUACACGUACCUUAUAAAUUGAAGGUACAAGUGACAACAAGUGAAAAUGCGUCUGUUCAUCUCGGUAAAUUGGAAGCCGAGGAAUUUAUCGUUAAAACACAGAAAGGGGCUAUCACCGUCGCAGAUUUAAAAGCGGAUAAUAUUAAAGUGGAAAGUGGUUCUGGUGACAUAACAACAGAGGGAAGAUUGCAAGCGUCAAAUAUUGAAAUGAAAACUGGAUUGAAUGGAUGUAUUAAAUGCAACAAUAUUAUGGCCAAUUCUUUUCAUGUAUCCUCUCAUGCUGGGCCCAUUUCAGUUAAAUCUUGUUACAGUGAUAACUCACACUUUACAACACUCAUGGGAAACAUCAAGUUGGAACAUUUGCAUCGCAUAGUUAAGAUUGAAAUUAUACAACAAGGCAACUUGCACAUUCAAGGGUUUUCUGGCAGCCUAGAGGCGACUCUAAAGAGUGGUGAAGUAUUCAUGCAUGCGUCGCAGUUGAUUGAUAAAAACAGUAUUUUCAUUCAUGAGAAAGGAAAAGUUAAGGUUUUGAUUCCAGACAUAAUAAAGAAUUUACCAUCAACAAACUUGAUUGCAGAUAAAAUAAAACUUGACGAGAAAGUAUUGAAACUAGGUAGAUUUAUGGAUGACUCCCAUCCUAGAAGGUUCAGAUAUGAGAAGGCUCCACCAAAUGAAUUGCAUAUAGUUUGUAAGAACGGCUCUAUAGAUUUGAAAGAAACUGAUCUUCCAUUCAUGUUGUAGUUCUACAUAAAAUGAAGCAUUUUUUCUUUGUAUAUUGUGCUAAUGUACAUUGUUUUAUUUAUUUAUAGUGUUAUGUAUGUGAUUUAUUCAUUAAAUGUGUAAUUUCUA